ACUACUGACAGCUGUGUUUGACUUUUGAGUGCGGCAAAACAAGAGACGUGAAUAGCUCCAUAUCUCGUCUUGUUUUUUCUGAAUGUAUAUAAUUUAACACCGAGGAUUUUAAUGACCGUUAGAAGAGAUUUAUAUAAAAAUUUUAAAACGGUUUUUAAUUUUUGAUUUCUGUCGGUCGAUCAUGUAUACGCGACAUCAUCUACUUUCUCUGUCGAACGAGUUGAAUGAUCUUUACUUUUUGUUUUGUUGUAGUGCAUCAAGCAGAAUGCCCUGCACAUGUGAAUGAUAGUCGAACAAUUGCUUAAUCAUUUUACAAACCUCCAAUUUUAUGGUUAAAGCAACGCCAAAACAUGGCAGGAUUAUUGGGGUACGGAAGAGACGCCGUACGAGUUAAAGUAACGAAAUGUGAAGGGAUUCUCCAGCCAGAGUUCAGGAAGUUCAGCGUUGACCCGCAGAUUACGUCCUUCGAGGUGUUGCAGAGCAUACUGGCCAAGGCCUUCGACAUUAAAGGGGAGUUCACGGUGUGCUACAAGGCGUACGACGACUACGGGCAAGAGACGUAUCUGUCGCUUCUUUCCGACUGGGAUCUGGACGCCGCGUUCCUCAGUGCGUCGGAGCCGUGCCUCUGCCUGCAAGUGGACCUGAGGCCCUUCGAGGAGACCAGCGAGGACUGGGACAGCGUGGGGUACGUGGACGCGCCCCGCCCGCCGGCCGUCGAGACCCGGCUGCUGCAGAACAGGCUGCCCGGGCUCAUCCUCAACCAGGUGGAGCGCACGUUCAACAUGGUGCAGCGCGCGCUGAGCCUCGUGGAGGAGGGUCCCGGCGCGGUGUCAUGCCAGCCGCCGCGCUCGCCCCUGAGCGACGCCGAGUUCCGCCGGUUCCUGGACCCCGUGGGGCAGGUGACGCGGGCACGCGAGCUGCGCUCCGUCAUCUACCUGGGCGGCAUCGACCCCAGCCUCAGGAAGGUGGUGUGGAAGCACAUCCUGAACGUGUACCCCGAGGGCAUGUCCGGCAAGGAGCGCAUGGACUACAUGAAGAGGAAGUCGUACGAGUACCAGGCGCUCCGGGACAAGUGGCGGGACGAGGUGCAGCAGAGCCACGGCCAGGUGACGGGAGACCUGGCCUACGUGACGAGCAUGGUGCGCAAGGACGUGCUGCGCACGGACCGGCACCACAAGUUCUACGCCGGCAGCGACGACAACCAGAACAUUGCGUCCCUCUUCAACAUACUCACCACCUACGCCCUGAACCACCCCACGGUCAGCUACUGCCAGGGGAUGAGCGACCUGGCCUCCCCGCUCCUGGUCACCAUGGGCGACGAGGCCCACGCCUACAUCUGCUUCUGUGCGCUCAUGAGGAGGCUGCGGCCCAACUUCCUGCUGGACGGCAUCACCAUGACCCUCAAGUUCCAGCACCUGGCCGAGGCCAUCAUGUUCUACGACCCCGAGUUCUACGCCUACCUCAAGUCGCACCAGGCGGACGACCUGCUGUUCUGCUACCGGUGGCUGCUGCUCGAGAUGAAGCGGGAGUUUGCCUUCGAGGACGCUCUGCGCAUGCUGGAGGUGCUGUGGAGCUCCCUGCCCCAGAUGUCGCCCCAGGGGGACCUGCCCCUCUUCGAGAAGCCCCUGCCACCCCAGCCGCAGGGCGAGGCCCCCGCCGCGGUCUCGCCCGCCGUCAAGUCGCUGCGGGAGAACGCCUACACCAAGGUGUGCGCGCUGCGUCGCCAGAGCUCCUCCGCGUCGCUGCACUCCAUCGCGAGCCUCGCGGGCCGCAAGUCGCCGUACCGCCAGAACCAGUCCCUGGACGAGACCACCAUCGGCCGCAUCGUCUCCAAGGAGCAGCGCCGGGCCAAGCUGUUCGCCAGCAUGGACGACGCCAGCAUGCGCACGGCGGGCAGGGACGCGUCGGCCAACCGUGCCAACGACGACGCCACGCGGAUCAACAACCACAUCAACAAGACCGAGUUCCGCCCCGCCAGCCUCGUCAUAUCCGACGCCGCGGAGCUGACGACGGGACCCGACGAGAGGUUCGACGAUGCCGACACGAUGCCUUCCGACACCGCCGAUACUCCGACGCAGAAGGAGAACCUGCCGACUCGGAAGAGCCCGGAGAAACAGCAGCCUCGAGUGGUCAAAAAUCUGAACGAAUUCCUAAACUUCACGGGAUCCGACAAACUGAAGUUACGAGACAAGUUGCUGCCGAACAUGAGCCUGAAGAAAGAGCUGAACCUGCUGGAGAACGAGAAGACCAUAGCGGAGCUGCCGGAGAAGAACGGCGACGACGCGCCGACGGAGGCGAGGCGGGCGGACGAGGGCGACGCCAGCUCGCCGGACGACUCCGCCGAGUACUUCCCCGUGACGACCUCGAUGACGCGCGAGCUGCGCCUGGAGCUGGAGAGCCUGGACCGCCAGGUGUUCGGCCCCGCGUUCCCGCAGCGCUGCGACGAGCCCGAGUCGCCACGCAGCGAGUCGCCGGGGCAGCGCUGCGACUGCGUGCUCUCCAAGCACGACUCGGAGCUGCCGAGCGACGAGACGACCACGGAGGUGGCGGAGGCGUGCAGCGAGCCGCGGCCCGGCCGCAAGCUGGACCGCCGCUCGCGCCAGUGCAGCCCCGCGCUCACGCUGGGCGCCGGCGGCGACGAGGUGUUCGUGUGGGAGAACCCCCUGCGCUGCCCCGCCACGCCCGACGAGCAGGCGGACCUGGAGUACGACGAGGACGGGGCGGCGGGCGCCGGUGAGGGGCGGUGCGACUCCCCGGGCCCCGGUCCCGCCGGCUCCCCGGAGGACAGCUGGGGCGGGGCACCCCCCGUGGACCCGGCCAUGACGACGUCGUGCGAGGAGGUGACGGAGAGGCAGGCUCCCGGCCCGCCCUGCCUGCCCGCCCCCCACCAGCUGGGCGGGGGCAACCCCUUCCUCAUGUUCCUGUGCGUGACGCUGCUGCUGCAGCACCGCGACCACGUCAUGCGCAGCGCCAUGGACUACAACGAGAUGGCCAUGCACUUCGACAAGAUGGUGCGCAAGCACGACGUGACGCGCGUGCUGGACCAGGCCCGCCGCAUGUUCCGGGACUACCUGCAGCAGCAGUCCCCGCUCAACAACAACGCCCCGCCCCUCGGGUAGCACGUCCCCCAGUUCGUGCUCGCCCGCAGUGGCGUUCCAGUACGUGUUAACAGAUAUCUUUUAUUGUUUGAGUGUUAAAUAUUCCUAAUUUUUUUACCGUGUGAAAUAGUUUUAGAAAUUUUUGUUGUUUUGUAACUUUUUUAAAGUCUCUUUAGAUCGACUGUCGACUUGAUUUGUUGGUUAAAUGCAUUAAGGUUCUGUGAAGCAGAUUAUUUUCCAGAUUAAAAAUAGUCUAGUUUCAAUCAAAUUAAAGUUUAAAUAAUUUUCGGUAUGAAUGUUGAGUUACACAUAGGCCUAGUUACACAUAAAAUUCAUAAAAUGGCUUGCAGCCGUACCGUAGUUUCCGACGCACAAGGCAAUACAGGAUUUAGAACGAUGUGACCUCAUUAACUACAAUUUAGAAAUAACUUAGUCCUUUCAUAUAAGACAUGAGGCCUCAGGAAUGUGUUGACCAGCAGUUUUAUAAACAAAAGGGGAGCUCUGUUUUAUAAACAAAAGUACCCUGCCUUAAUAUUGUGCAGCUUAUAAAAAAUUUCAAUCAUAAAGCAAAGCAGGAUAGAUAGAGAACACAAACAUAAGCAGUAGGGGUGUGCGGGAUCCCGACGCUUCGGGAAAAAAGUCGGGAAAAUAGGCUUCCCGAAAUGCCGGGCGGGAAUUUUAUUACUCCCGAAUUUUUCGGGAAAUUGUUUAAAAAUUUACAAAUGUUUACUAAUCAUGUGAAAAUGUUUUCUAUCAAUUCAAACUGUUUUUACAACAAUAUUUUAAUUUCUAAUCUCCGCCGCUUUUAAUGAAAAGAGGAAGUUGAAGAGCAUAUAAUAAAGGUAUUUUCGGAUUUUGAACAUUUUUUUUUUCGGAAAUACCGCCCAAGUAAAUAUUUACCAUUUUAAUAGCUUAGCUUUUAGCUCUUGAAAAACUUGUAUAAAUUCUUGUCUUAUAUGCCAUAAAAUACAAUAUAUGCAGUGGAACUCUCAUUAGCAAGUUUCCCUUUAACAAAUAUUCUUACGUAGAGAAUCGAAGAAAAUUUCAAUCGGUAUAUUGUUUGAUGAUAAUCAUCCUUUUAAAAUUCAAAAUAUAUGAAGAAAAUAUAAAUUGAUCUACUUCAUAGGUUUUCCGAUGAACUUAAAUAAACUAAUAGUGUGGUAAGAAUUUUUAGAAUAUCAUCAUUAAUUUGCAAUACUCACAAAGGUUAAUGAUUACUGGUAUAAUAUCCAGGUUUAAUACUUACAUCUAACGUAUCCGAGGUCAACUUUUAAAUAUAUUUUCUCUCUUGUCAUGGUCUUUUUGUAUUUAAUGUGGUCUUAUAAUACAGUUCUAGUUGUCUUAUGUUAAGACCAUCUUGUAUCCAUAUCUAUAUAUAUUUAGUAUAUCUUACCUUAAGCUGGAUUUACACGACGCAAUAUGCACGCAAUUUCCAUGCAAUCUGCUAAUAUUGCAUUGCAGCUCACAUAAAAAAUUCUCAGAAUUUCACACGCGAUGCAAGCUACGGCGCAAUAUCUGAGAAUAGAUCAUGCUCUAUAUUUUGAUGCAAGUUGCGCAGAACAAGCACUGUGAUUGGUCGUUCUCUGUAGUAAAUUUACGCGCGUAGUUGUAAACAUAAACAAAAGCAAGCACUUUACAAACAUGGAAUGGACACCCGAGUGUGUUUUGCGGCUCUUGGAUGAAUAUCAAAAAUAUCCAGUUCUGUACAACACAAAAUCGCCAAAUUACCAUAACAAACAUUUGCGUGAGAAAGCAAUACAAGCUGUGGCCACGUCUGUGUCGGAAUUAAGUGUAAACACGACCACAGAAGAUGUAAAAAAACAAGUUUAGAAAUCUGCGAUCGUGCUUCAUCAGAUAACAUUUACAUCAUUGUCAGUGCACAAAUUGCCUUGUUCCUUUGAUUAUCCAUUUGUACAGAAAUGUGGCGGGAACAAAACAGAUCGCAUGUUUAUUGCAUGGGGAAUUUGCGCUGUGUAAAUGAAAGAUUGCAUGCAAUAAUUGCACGAGAGCUUACAUGCAAGGAGCUGUGUGAGAAGUGAAUUGCAUGGUGUAAAACCAGCUUUAAAGACAAUUUCACUGUCAAUGUCAUAUUUUAUUUUAUUCUGUCUUCAAGAUGACCUUGCGUACUUAAUUGUCAUACAUUUCAGGUUUUUUAAUUCGUUCUAACCAAAUGGUUUGUUUUCAAAGAUUAGGAAUAGUUUGAAAUAUUUACACUAGAACUCCAGUUUUACGUCUCCAGUUUUACGUAUGCUCACGGUUCUACGGAUUGCAUUCCUGAAAUGGCUACAUUCGUAAAAUCAGCGGCCGUCCAUUUGACACUCCUCACCCUCGAAUAAAAAUAUUGUUCUAAUUUUUGAACAAAUACAGCUGGUAUUUUUUGUGUGUAUUUGUUAUUAUUAGUUAAAAUACCAUUAAAUAAUAAAUACUUAUAAUGCAAUGAGAACCCUCCGGCUGUAGCAAUUGAACAUGGAAUGUCUGAUUUCUUUUUUUGUUUGUAUUAUAGGAACAUCAUUGAGACCCACACAAAAUAUACUCCGCACAUUAAAUAAUAAUAUAUUUUUUUAAGCUUUCAUUGUGAUUUUUUUUUUAAAUUAUUUCUAAUUAUUUAAAUUUGGUUUUUAAAAUUUCAGAUUUUUUGACGGUUCCUGAGAGAGUAUUCGUAAAAUUGCUGCUUCGUUAAAUGUGGGGGCUCAUUUAAUUUUAAAUAUAAAUUAAUCACCACAGUAUUUUGUUUACCUUGGAAAGUUUUGAAUAUUCCCAGUCACUUCUGAUAUGCGUGGAGGGUUCCGAGUCAUUGCUGCCAGGUAUAACGUACAGCUUUUUUUAUAGUUAAUAUGAUCUGCUGUUGAUGGUUUUGUCACUGGUGUUGGGCAAAUUCAUAUAACUUGAAUAAUCUAUUAAUAAAUCAGUUCAUGUAAGGAAAAUUGUAUGAAUAUAGACAAGAUUUUAUGGUUUUGUUUUUUUAGACCAAUUUUGUUUUUAAAACAGAAAAUUUUGGUGUUAUUGUUUUUAUUUAUUUUAUUUAUAUUUAUAUUUAUUUAUUUUUAUUUAUUUAUUUUUAUUUAUUUAUUUAUUUAUUUAUUGUGACAUGCCCACAGACAGUCAUAUAUGUGUUUAGAGUUGGGCACGACACUUAUGGACAAAUACAAGGUUAUCACUGCGAAUGUAUGAACUCCCACCGCCGUCGCUGUUUUGUAAUACAUACACCACCAAAAUAAUGUAAUUGUAUGCUGCAUUUUUACGAUAAAAUAAGUUUUAAUAAAUUGGUCUAAAACAGAGACAUUCAGAAUAAUAAAAAUAAAUUAGCGAGCUUUUAUGGUUUAAAAGCAAUUCAAUAAGAGAUGCACAAUAAAACAAAUUAAAUUAUUUUCUCUGAUCUAAGAUGCAUUUUGGUUCAAUUUUUGUCGGGAAAUAAUUACAUUCCUGGAAUUUCAAACACACAAGAAUUAUAUUUUUGUGAUUUUAAUUAAGUUUAGGUUAAGUGCUGCUUAAUUCCAUGAUACAACUGGCAUUUUGGUGCUUUUAUGUUUAUUAACUUGCACUGUGGUGUUAUGUCGUGUUGAUAUGCUUUUCAUUGUUUGUUUUUUUUUAUCGCAAUUCACCAUAUAAUCUUGUCUAUGAAGCAUUGAAAAUUGGAGAACUCUUAUUUUUUUGUUUUGUGAUGAAAGUUUUUAUGAGCAUACGUAAUGUUUUGUUUUUUAUUUUGCAACUUCAGUAAUCUGAGAGCAUUUCAUUCUCUCAAUUUCUUCGAGCAUUGGGUGGUCAUUUUAUUGUGAGCGAUAUAGUCUCCCAGGAAUUAUUUUUUUAAAAUUGAUUUCCCUUGAGAACUAUUUGUUACCACUAUAUUUCUUCACAAACUUUAUGUAUGUUUCUAGAACCUGGCAUUGCAUGUUAGUUGUUAAUUACUAAGAGAUUUAUUUUGCGAACGUGCAGAAUUUGCUAGGUUUAAAUUGUGAGGUGUUAUGUUUAUGUGUGCGUGCUAUUUGGUAACCAUGGAGAUAUACAUUCUAAGAUAAUUCUCGUUAGUAUUAUAUUAAUUUUAUUUUUUAAGUGGUAACUGAAUUGUCGGUGAGACCUUAAUGCAGGCUUAUACAUGAGCAGAACUCAUAAUAAUAAUGAGGAAAACAGUAUUAUAAUGAAAUAAAUAAAAUGAAAGUGUACUAUGUAUUUAUAAUUACGUCGUGGGACAUCACGGCAGUGACACAUCACCUUGUAAUCACACCUGCUCACUCUACGGUAUGCUCGGUAAACAACAUUAACCUCUUGAUUGUUUACUGUAAAGUAACAAGAUAACACAAUCAAUUCAUACCAUCAAUAAGGCACAUCUCAAGAUAUUUCGAGCUCUGAAAUCGGAAUGUGACUCGGUCACAGACAUCGUACAUUCGCAAGCAAACCUACAAAUACCUCGGAUGAGCACAAACUGAGCGUAUUAUUUGGUUGGGCGAUAGUUCAGUACAUGGCACAAGACAAGCUGAAGGCUAGUCAAUUGUCAAAUUAAAAUGAAAUACUGAUGGGCUGAUGAUCAAAUGUGCACCAAAAGUUAGGUACCAGUUGAUUCCAAAACGAAACCAUACUUCAAAUGUCACUCGUUUGAAAAUAAAAUAAUAAUUUUACUGGUAAUGUGUCACAUCCCAAUUUUUUUGAAUUCAAUUCUCAAAAUAAAAUUACGAAGUGUUCCUCAAAUAUACUCUUCAAAUCCGAAUCUAUCUCUCAAGACUUAAAAAUAAUAUAAAAAUAAUGUACAAGAAAUAAUAUUUAUAUAUGGAUUUAAAUAUAUUUAAUCCUCUAAAAGUUUGUUUCUGAAUUGUGAUUACCUAAUAAAUACAUAUCAUAGUUUUAUUUACGUACUUAAAUAUUUAAAUUACAGUAUCUUGUGGAAAAGUAAUAGGAUAUGUACGAAGAAGAAAAACAUCACUAUUAAAAUGUCAUACAGCAAAAGAUAAUGAAAUGUUUUUUAUGUAGCAUUUAAUUGUUACAGUUUUUUCCAAAUAAACUAAAUUGUUAACUUCCAUGGAAAUGCCAUCUUUUCCAGUCCUUUUAAAACAAAUUGACCAAUGCCAAUCCAGCAAAACAACAUACAUAGAUGCUUGCUAUUUCAAUAUCUUUUUGCAAUUACCAAAGCAAAAUGGGUCAAGUCAGUUGGUGAGUUCCAUUGUGUACAUAGCACAUGGAACAGGUAAUGUUAAUUAUUUCAAACAGUGUACACCAAUAAUCUAAACGUGUGCAAAAUUCAAUUUUUUUCAUGCUACUUUUCAACUUUUCAAAGUUGCAUUUCUGGAUAUUUGUUACUAGAUAAAAAAAUUUCUUGCUAUUGGCAUUCUCUGCUACCUAUUCAAUUUAAGUCCAGGGUUUUUCCAAAUUCGUAUACAUUUGACAAUGUGAAUCUCCUUGGUAUCUUCAAAUAUAAUCCACAAUGUUAAUUAUUGUUUUAAUCAUUUGAUUUAAUUAUUUUGUCAUGCUUACAAGUUUUGCUGUUAGCUAAAUCAAAAUUUUAAAAGGAAAACAAAUUUUUUUUUUUUGUUGUAUACUCCAUUUUAAUUAUAUUUACUUUAUUGUUUAUACAAAUUUGCACCAAUCAACAUUCCUGAAUUUUAUAGUAGUUGCAUUUUGUAGGUGUUAAGAGAAAGUCAAUAAACAAUAAAUACCGGUAAAUUUCAUGUUGUAUAACAUUCACAUAUGUAUAUGUAGAUAUUUUCCUAGCUGUUUUUUUUGUUAUAAGCAUUGUAUUUUCAUGCAGUUUCCUGAUUAAAAUUAGUGAAUAAAUUUUUAAUGCCUGGAGCAUUACUAUUUGGUAAAAGUGAUGCAUGAUUCAGGUUGUUUUAAAAUGUUAAUUGCCCAUUCUCAAGUAGUUCUAGCGAGUGAUUGUUGAUACAGUUAACGUAUACUGAAUAGAAAGCUCAUUUGCAAUUAAUAACAAGUUCAUUAACACUCAUUGAAUUUUCCUUAACAUUGCCACAUUUUAUAGCUUAGUUAUUCACAAAAUCGCUUUAUGCAUUUUCUUCCUAGCACCAGUUAUUCAUUUUUAAGUAAAGUCCCACAGAGUUGUUUUGAAGCCGUAAAGUGCUGGUGUUACGUUGCAGCCUGUACGUAAAGCGUUCUCUCGAAACCUCCCGCUAAUCACGUCCAACGUAGCAAGGGAAGUCUUGUGUGUUUUUGACACUUAAGCCGAACAAAACAACUUGUUACAUAUUUCUGCAGUUUGAUUCCAACCUAUUACGCAUAGCAGGAUCGUUGAAUGAAUGUUGUUUUGGUCCAUAACCCACAGGUUAAUUUCUAUAGUAAAUAUUGUAUUAAUUUCUUGCUGCUUAUUACAUGACUACAGUAGAACCAUGUUAUAAUUUUUUCCUGCUUUUAACAUAAUAUUUUUUUAUGUCUCCUCAUUUUCCCCAUAAGAACAAUGCAUUUAUUUCCUGUCUGUUGGUACCCUUGUCUAAAAAGAAAAAAAAUCCAUUCCUUGCCAUUCUAGGGUGUUUUCAGAUGUACGUAAGUAGACCUGCAAUGUUUUAGUUUGCCAAAUAUUUCACGAUGGCAAAAAAAAAAGUUAAGCAAAUUCGAGCUAGUGUUCCCGUUAGUGGUUUUAACAUUAAAUUUUCUUCACAUAGCUUGGAUGAGUCCAUUGGUAAAAAUUUAAAACAAUGACAAGUGCCAAGUUGAUAUUUCCUGCUUUUAAUGUUUUUUCUUUUUAUUUAUUUAUUUAUUUUUUAUUCUCUGUUGAAAAACAUUAUAGAGAGGUUCUACUGUAUUUUGAUUUAAGGCUUAAUUUGUAUUUGAAUGUACUAUACUUACUGUAACUGGAACCUGCGUGCAUUUAUUUGACUUUAUGUAGUCCAUUUUUCUCCUCCGAGCUGCAGCCAGAAUCUGGGUAGUCGUGUAGUCACGUUCUGGCGUGUGGUUCUGUGCUCGCUUUGCGUCGGCUCGGGACGUGCUCUGAAGAACACGGUUAUGAUGUUCCUGCGUGCUGCAUUUGUUUCUGGGUGAAACGUUCUAAUGAUAAUUUUAAUUUUAUGCACGUGCUUUUGUUGGGGGAACUGAUAUUGUUGUCAACACUGCACACGCUGCCAUGGGUUCCAUGGAUUAACAUGUUUAGCCAUCAAGAGGUUCAAUUAUUUACUCAACUAAAAUUUUUGAUGUUAGUAUGUAGUUUUUUAGCUGUGUCCUGUCUGCAAGUUUAGCAUACUGUACUAUAGAAUAGUCGAUAAUCAAUUGAAAAUGAUUGUUAAAUUACUCCAAAGACAUAUACAUAUACAUUAAGCCUUUUCUCAAUAUGAACAUCAAUUUAUCGACUUAAAAAUGAUAACUACUUGCACAUGCAGUAGUGGUACUAAGAGAAGCAAACACAUUCAAUUACUUUUGGUGUGAUUUAAAUGAGAUUUUUUUCUCUUUUUAUCGUGAAGUAAUAUUUACACAUUAGUUUGUAGUUUUUGCUGUACAUAUUUAUUGAAGUUACAUGGUACUCAUUGUACUAGGAAUGAUAUUGUUAAUGGUGACUAUGAUUGGUGCUGUGAAUAUUUAUAUGACGACACUGUAAAUAUCAUCACUUUAAUGUAACAUUGUGUUUGUUUGUUGUAUGUUUGCAUUUAAAAUGUCUACAAGUAUGUGUACUCGGUUCAAAUUUCUGACAAGCACAAUGUGUUUUAUUGCUUAUCAAAUAUAGAAUUCUGUCUACCAAAAAAGUUUUAAGUUCAGUAAGAAUUUAAAAAAAAAAAAAGUGUGUAUGUUUUGGUAGAUGUGGUAGAUUUUGUCAUGAAUGCCAAAGUUACAAAUCUGCUGAAAGAAAAGUGUUGAAUAUUGUAGAUAGUUUUAAGUAGUUGGAAUGUUGUCUGUUGCUCAUCCACACUUUUAACAUGGUUUUAUCUUAAAAAAUUGUUUAUCUUUUUGUGCGUUUAUCACUUGUUUAACAUGUGCAUUAGCAGAGCCGUGGCAGUUUGCUUGUACGUUGGCCACAGACCUAAAGCAUUUACCAAACUGUUUGCGCUGGUGAGCAGCAGUACUCUUAUUGGAGACCAAACUUUCCUUUUAAGAACGAUUAAAAAUCUAAAGUUGAAAUCCUGCUGUACAAAACAGGCUUCAUUUGAGUUCCUAGGCUGUCUUUGGCACUUUCUAACAGCGCAAGAUUUUGAAGCUCAUUGGGUUUGAUUGUCUAACUUGCGACUGAAAUUGUUGCCAAAAUACGUAGCUCGUGUGCGAAAAGAUCAUGGUAUUGAACUACAGGAUUAACUCGGAUAUUUUUUUAUUUAUACCCACGUCCGUAACUUCAAGCUGCAACAUGUACGUCCAACAUACGAACAUCAUUACAGUUAGAACGCACUGUGUCCCAGUGCUAGUGCACCAGUAGCUGUACAGCGGUGGCUCAGGUGAACACUGACAAACAAGAAUAAAAGUUAGAGGACGUAUGCCGUGAACAGUGAAGUAGCGAAGACCAUCUCCAAAGGGGGCUGAGGAGGAUUAGGGGAGGGAAAUUUGUUGCCCGCACACUUCCUUGGUGCUUUGUUCUGUUCUAAAAACAUUUUGCUCCGUUCAGCAGAAUAAGGUCAUCAGUCGUAUAGAGCGAGAAACAGCAUUUUAGUAAAAUAUACACAGUAAAAAAUAGAGCCAUUAUUAGAAUGGUAAUAGAAACCGUUGUUUGCUGGAUGGCUAGUAUUCUACUGGCGUGUUAGGAACGCGACUGGCCGUGCCUUGCGAGAAGGGAGGCUUCAAGAUGUUUGGUGACAACGGUGUUGUUCAUCGAUACUCAUUUGUGCCCAUGUUUUUGUUCAUUCGUUAGUGAGCCAGUUCAGCAACCCCUCCCCCUCCCCGUCUGCCCCCCUCCUGUUCCUUCCCUCAGUCUCGUUAGUUGUCGUGAGUUUCUUCUUGAGAUGACACAAUACCAAAUAUUACUAGCUUUCAGAGAUAUAUAUAUAUCUCGUUAGAUUUCUUUUUCCUUGAGUAUUACAUAUGUACUCAAGAUAUUAACCACACAUCUUUUUUUUUUAUCACGUAAGUUGGAUCUACCGUAAGUCAUGAUAAAGUUAAUUUUUACCGUAGUUACUUGAGUUCACCUCCAUUACUGCUGUGUGCAGAGCUUGUAUUUUAAAACGGUUUAUGUUUGGCAACUCCCAUCUUUCCAUUCAUCUAGCCAAACACGAAUUGAAGAGAUUGAGGUUGGCUGUAUUGUGGACAAGCGCCUGCAAGAAGCCAGGCUAGAUAGAAAGUUUAGACGCUGGCAACAGUGAGUUGUCUUGGCAGGCUUGUCUGUGAUUGGCCAAUUUCAUGUCCUCACGCCUGACACGUGGUGGCCAGUGGAUUCAUUCAGUUUGGUGUGAUAGCAGUGCCCGAUACUCGCUUAUCUGCUGUGAGAGAUUGUUUUAGAGAGAUUUGUAUUCUUCGAGAUUAUAAGCUUACCCUAGAAACAUUUUUUUUUAUAAAAAAAAUACUUUAGUUUGAAAUUAAUUUAUUUUCAAAGUAAAUUUUAAGAAUGUACAUUUUAGUUUUACAUGCAUUUUUUUAAAUAUGUUAGUUGAUUAAAAACUUCGCAUUUUCCACAUAAACUGCAUACUAUAAUUUACAAAAUAAAAAAGUUUCAAAAACUAGAAUAAGUUGAUAUUUUAUUGAUGUUCGUCAAAAAUUUAUACUAAGCCUGUUAACUUAUUUUCAGACAAAUCAUUAAGCUGCUCACUUUUUUUUUUAAAUCCUGCACCAGGAGAUUGAAAACAAGAAAUACUAUUCAGCUAAAGUAGAAACGUUUAAUACAAACACGUAAAAAGCUGCUGUAUGAAUGUACACUGUAUGUACUCAGUUAAGAUUGUACAGACAUGUUAGGAAACAAGUAUUUAGCAGGUAAAAAUCUGAAUAGAAGCAGGUUGAUCGAUGCCAGCUUACUGAAUUGAAGCAGCUUGAUUGAAGUUAGAUGUGGCCUGUCAUUUGUGAUAUUUGGGACACUUCCACAUUUCUGAGGUAGGGAAGUGUUUAUGUGCGUAAAGAUGACCUUUCCGUAAUAUUUGUCUUCCCUGUGCCCAAAUAUGAUUAUAAUUGUUAUUAGUUAAGAGUGUUAUUGUUUGGAUACAUGAUCAUCAGUAUGACUGUAUUAUGUUUUUCAGAAUAAAUUUAGUGCUUAAAUCUAAUUCAUGCUGUGUGAAAGAUGGCUGAUGUCUGGUGUAAUGAUACCUAGGGGUGAAUAUGUACUUAAUUGUUGCACUGUAAAUAUUCCUGACAAUAAAUUUUUUCUCUUAA